AUGGCCGACAAAGUCGAUAUCAAGCCCGCCGGCUGGAAAUUGGUCGAAGUUGGUCGAGUAGUAUACCUCCGAAGUGGUCCACACGAAGGCAAGCUCGCUACAAUCGCUGAAAUAAUAGACCCCAACAGAGUGCUGGUCGAUGGUCCAUCAAAGAUUGAAGGCAAAGCCGUCCCACGAACACCCAUCGCCUUGAGCGCAGUCACCCUCACAAAGAUCGUUAUUCCAAAACUACCAAAGGCUGCUGGUACUGGUGCUAUAUCGAAACUGUGGGAGAAGGAGGAGGUCGAUAAGAAAUGGGCCGAAUCUGCUACAGCCAAGAAGCGAGAUCAGACAGACAGACGGAGGAACCUAAGUGACUUUGAGCGAUUCAAGGUCAUGCGAUUCAAGAAGCAGGCAAACUUCGAGACACGAAAGGCUUUUGCUAAGAUUCGAGCGUCCGCUUAG